GAGCGGUGACAUCGGCGGUGGAAGGCUCUUUGAAGAUUCCUCCUCCGGCUACGUCAGGAGCGUAGCUGCGCACGCGAGAACGUCGCUGGCGGCGCAAGAUACGUACGCAUUUGUCUACGUAGUGGCGGAGACGGAGGGAAUGAGGAUACUGUCAAAGAAACACUGUCAAUAAAAAGACGAUUGCCGCAACGCUAACCUAAGCUAAGCCGCGUCGGGACGGACACACACACUCACACACACACACUCUCACACACACACACUCUCACACACACACACACACACCCCCCCCGACAUUCCCCGCUGACACCGUCUUUCCGUCAGCUGCUCGGUGACUCGAGUUCAGCGACACACAGUAGCAGGUGAGUCGCAGCGGCUGUCGGUAGCGUCGUUGUCCAGAAAACAGUUCCGGGCCGUUUCAUUCGGCGGCUCUGUGACGUUUCUCGUCUUCGGUGCUCUAAGGCGGGUCGAGUGAAGCAUUAAAGACGACCCGCUCGCACGGAUGUGGAGGGCUGUUCGUGCCCGUGAAACAUUUCCGUGUGCCGUUGCGUCUUUGGAAAAUGCACACGCGUUACUGCGCAUGCGCCAGGACGAAUGACACUUUGAUUCAUGUACUUUAUUUUCCACAGUCUCAAAUGUGCAGUAAGAUGAAUGUAGCAAUGCCUGAGAAACAUGUCUCACAAAGAAGAUAGUGAAAGGAAAAAAAGGGGCUCUCACCCAACUGAAUUGUACGCUGGCGUCCCUCAAACAUGUCUGCCCAUUGUGUACCACCCAGACUACAACAUCACCUUCAUGGGCCUUGAAAAGCUCCAUCCGUUUGAUGCGGGGAAGUGGGGAAAAGUCAUUCUCUUCUUGAAAGAGGAGAAGUUCCUCACUGACGGGAACAUCGUGGAAGCCCUUGAAGCCACUGAGGAGGAUCUGCUGGUGGUUCACACCAAACGUUACCUCAACAGAUUAAAGUGGUCUAUGGUGGUGGCAACAAUCACAGAAAUUCCACCGCUCAUGUUUCUACCCAAUUUCCUGGUACAGCGGAAGGUGUUGAGGCCUUUGCGUACACAGACAGGAGGGACAAUAAUGGCAGGAAAAUUGGCUGUUGACCGAGGAUGGGCCAUAAAUGUAGGAGGAGGCUUCCACCACUGUUCCGGUAACAGGGGAGGCGGCUUUUGUGCCUACGCCGACAUUACUCUGGCCAUCAAGUUUCUGUUUGAGAGAGUGGAAGGCAUCUCCAGGGCGACCAUCAUCGAUCUGGAUGCUCAUCAGGGAAAUGGACACGAGCGCGACUUCAUGGAUGACGGGCGAGUGUUCAUCAUGGAUAUGUAUAAUCGCUACAUUUAUCCCGGGGAUGGAUUUGCCAAAAGAGCUAUAAAAAGGAAGGUGGAGCUGGACUGGGGCACUGAGGACUCAGAGUACCUUCAGAAAGUGGAGCUCCACUCUGAGGGAGCUCUGAAUGAGGUCCGACCUGACAUCAUCGUCUAUAAUGCAGGGACUGACAUCUUGGAUGGGGACCCACUUGGAGGACUCUGCAUAUCACCACAGGGCAUUGUGAAGAGAGAUGAGAUAGUGUUCAGGGCUGCGAGGCGACGGGGCAUCCCUAUACUCAUGGUGACAUCCGGCGGGUACCAGAAAAAAACAGCCCGCAUCAUCGCCGACUCCAUUCUCAACUUGCACCAGCAGGGCCUGAUCGGAGCAGAGGCUCUGGUGGGGGAAGGGUCGUCAUCGCCAGUUAGCAGUGUGAUGUGCAACUCUGGCCCUGCAGGGUCAAAAUUCACUGCUAUCUGACGCUCGCGUCGGCGACCUCUGCAGCUGUUAAAUUUGAAGGCGGCAAACUAACUUUGUACCUGACAGUAGCAGUGAUAGUGUGAGGAAAUAUGCGCGUUUGCACAUGUACAACAAAAAGUUCACAAGCAUUGUUAAUUUUUUUAAUUUUUUAUGUAAAAGUUGGUGAUUAUUAAAAGGGAAUAAUUGGGUCUUAAGUAAGUACUAAGUAAGAUUCACUUAAGCUCUCACAUGACACAAAAAGAGAGUUUCAAUUUUAAUGGGAUGGAGAACGAUGGGUUUAUGUUUAAUGAAUGCUCAGGGUUGUGUUUUAGAGAGGCAUUCUUUCAUCUCAGGAAAUGUAAUCAUGUAGUCUGUGAGGGAUGUGAAUAUAUGAACAGUCCAUGAAACGGCACAAAGGCCUGAAGUUCUUGCAGAAACCAUGGGAUAUUAAUUAUCCUCCAUCUCAGUUUGUGGUUUUGAGGCGAAAAAUAAGAACAAGUGCUUGUGAAUAGUGCCAAACUACCAAACAUGAUUUAAUGGUGAUUUAACCUUCUUACAGAAGCUAAUGUUCUCUUUAGCCCUUAUUAGAAUUUUGUUUAAUCAUUUCUAGUAUAAAUUGGGAGUUAUGGUGUUUUAUAAACAUGUUCAACCCUUAACUUUUUUUUUUCUAAUGCUCUCAAGCUUUAAAUCCACUCUGAUCUCUGAUCAGUUGAUGUUUACAGGGAGAUCAGUAUGAUUUUGUCAUAGGUACUUAUAGAGUUGUCGUUUUUUUUGUCUCUGAUUCUGCGUUCACACCGGAUGCGAUGCGAAUUUUUCGCAAGCAAACAUUUAGUUAUUCGUGCAAAAAUUUCCUUCCACUUUCUCCGACAAAUCUCAUCUGAACAAUCACGCGUUAACAUGAACUGUUGAAGGAAAUAAAGGGCAGACAGGAAGGCCGAUGGCCACGCAAAGCAAAGUGGUUGGGCUAACUUACUAGUUAGUGUCCAACUUCCUCGUUCACUUAGUGCCGAGCCCUCGCCUUCCUCACCGGUAAUGACGCAAAUAGCAACCCUGUCGGGCUGCUCACACACAGCGACAGUAGUGAUCCUCCAUUCAUGAUACAAUGACAGGACUUCUGACGACAGUGACGGAGGGAGGAUCUCAACGCUAAUUGGCGAAUCUUUCGCUCGGGUUCAAAUACUUCAGCUCGAGCGAUUGAAGCGACUGAAGCUACUUGUGCCAUUCGCGUCGCCCGACCCACUGACGCGAAAAUCUGCGUCUAGUCGCGUCUUUGCAUUGACUCUGUAUGUAAUCUACUCACACAGUAAUUUGUCGUGUCCGGUGUGAACGCACCAUUACACUAAAACAUGUGACUCUUUGCACUUUAACUGGUAAAUGUCAAAAAGAAAGUUCACCAACUUUUCCUGAGCUUCUGAAAAAUAGAAGUUCUUUUCACAGUGUGUUCCUGUCGUCCGGACAUCAAAGUCCAAAAUCUGAACGUCCUCAGUGAUUAUAGAGCAGACCCGUCUGCUGCAGCGUUUUCAUGGCUUUGUUUUGAGAUUAAUUUGCUGUAGUGAGUCAUUCAGAGCUGCUCUAAUGAUGUUUACCCACACAGCAGUUGCCCAAAAAGGAGACAAAGUAGACAGUUUAAAGAUUUUGGACCAAUAUGAUUAAUGCAGCAGCUGGAACAAUUUUACUGCUUCCAAAAUACACUAAAUUAUUACCAUCAAACGUGUGUGUUCAUCCUUUCCUUGUACAGUACAUAAAAUACUGAUAUCAACUCGUUCAUGUUAAUAGACAGGAGACAGAGAGAGAGAGGGAGUUAAACUUUUAACAACUGUGCUCAUUGCGGUUGAUAUGCUUAUAAUGACGUUUUGUUUGUCAAGUCACUUGUUUAAAUCUGAGAAUGUGGCAAUAUCUUUAAAGGUGACAUACAAUGCUCAUGUUCAGUUCAUACUUUUAAUCUGGGUUACUACUUGAAAAGGUUUACAUGCUCAAAUGUUUAGACAUCAGUUUCCCUUAUACUGCCCAUUCCUGCUGCUCCCCCUUUUCCCCCUCUGUCUAAAAAUGCCUGGAUUUCAUUUAGCCCCGCCCUCCUGAUAAACCUCAGUGCUCAGGAUUUCACUUCAUGUGAAUCAUUUUUGUCCCCCCUCAAAGUGAUCAAUGAUACUUCACCAAUAGACCAUAUGAAAUACAUUAUUACAUUAUUUUUUAACGAGGUAAAGAGCUGUAACGUGAACAGUCUAUAGUAAGAUAGAACGAUGAGUUUUAGCUCCCUUGGUUGUGAGUUCGCCUCCUAUGCCGAUGGUCGGGGAUUUCGAAGCCACCCGUGGCACCAGAUCGAAUUAUCAUCCCCUCUGUUUUUUCACAAAUUGCACCCUGGAUACACAUAAAUAAUACAAACACUUUUUUUGUAAUAAUAUGUCACCUUUGAAAUAACAAACCUCAAGGACAAAAAAACACAAGCGUCCAGAUAUUCUGAGGGAUUUUGUGGUUCCAGGCCUCUGAAUUUGCGACAACAUGACUAAAUUGAUCAGUGAUUUUAGGUGGUGCUGCGCUCAACUGACUGCAAGAUUUAGAAUGGGAAUCCAGUUUGCUACCUAGCAACCUUCAUGAAAGUUGUGAAAAGCAUAACAACUACUCCUAGCAACCAUCUGCUACAGCUUCCAGGUGAAGUGAAAAUAACAUCAGCAGCGCAGACACUGCAAACUCACUAUUUAUUGGUUAGGCUAAAAAUAUAAAUAUUUUUUAAUGUCCCUCAAUAACAGAAAGUGAAGAGUGUCAGACUGAAAGAAUAAAUUGGAAAGAAAGAAGUCUGAUAAUCCUAAAAGUUAACCAAUCUUCACCAUAUUAAUUAAAGUUCUUACCAAACUAUGUGUUAAAAACAUCCAUGGUUACAGUCCAACUUCUCUCUGGUAUUUCAGCUGCUUCCACUUUUGUUUAAAAACCAAAUGAAGUGGUUUUAGUCUGGUUACACUGUUGGCGUAGUUAAGACGUGUGUCACAGUCUGAAUAUCUUAUGUUUCUCACGGCAUCAGAUGUCAUGUUCCCAGGUUGGCAGCAAUUGUCUCUUUGUACAAAGUUAUCAAAAACAGCAACAAUGAUCAUCAAAGCUAUAAUAAUGGAAAAAAAAUAGAUUGUAAAUCCUAGAUUUUCAUUCAUCACAAGCCAAACACAUGAAGUAUCAAAAGCUUUCAACAGUUCCGCAGCACUUUAGCCUUUCUCUGCCGUGCUCCGUCAAUGAUGUUUUUAAUUCUGAUCUUUGUCUAUAGAUCGACUUUAGCCAUAGCAACCCCCCCCCCCCCCCCCCCCCCCCCCCCCCCCCCCCAAAUUACAGAGCAACAACCCGAGGGAGGACAGUGGUUGUAGAAGGAGGGACGGUUGCACCUCUAGUUGUGAAAUACAUGUACGGACAGACUUGUAGACGUCCGAUAAAUCCUGUGUUUGGACAGGUUAGAAAGCUUAGGGAAAAGAAUUGGAAAAGACCAAAUUAAAAAGACAUGUUUAUGAUACUGUGAAUGUGGCCAAAGAGUACAUUCACUGACAAAACCAUGUCCUCUGUGGGCUGCUGUUACGUCAGACGUGUUUUUCUGUCUUGCAGCUGAGUGGACCUGAAGUGGCAGCUGGCAGGGGCUGCUGCGAUGAUUUUCUAGUGUAAUUUUACAUUCAUUAUCUUCUGCUGCUCUGGCUCCAUUCUACUGUUUAGUGUUCUUUUUUUUUUUUUAAAGUAACGCAAGGUAUGACUAAAGGAGGAUUAAAAUGCCGAUCUUUGAGCAACCAUGUUGGCUGUGACACAUUCAUAAUGAAAACUGUGCCAUAUUAACGGUGUCAGUGCUAAUUGGCUAAAGCCUUUGAUCUGGUGCUGCUGCUUUAAUAUGCUGCCGAAAAUGUUUAGUGCAGUCUACCUUUAAUUAGGACUCAGAAAACAUCACCUUCCACCCUGCAUGCCAAGAAUAACGUUGAUGUCUUCAAAGCUGUACUGUCAAUUUUGUGUGGGUUGUGCUGACAUUAAAAACUGUCUAUGCAUUCAUAAUGACACAAUAAAUACAUCAGUAAAUCCUUUAAUAA